ACCAUGUAGUAAAUUAGCGACGAGGGAUGGAAUAGAAGCGAUAUUCAUUGCUUUUUCGUGUCCACGUUUUGAGGGUUACCUUGCCCUCUAUACGGUGGUAAGGAACAUUCUGGUUUUCUACUACGUCGGUAUUUCAGAAUCUGAUACGCAAGGUUCCCAUUAAUGUGACAUCAAGACAAGUCUAUUCUUAUUCUACUGAAUCGAUAACGUCGCAUGUGACAUGAGAUCAUGAGGUACGAAAAAGAAUCGCGUGUUUAGUCUAUGAUGAUAUUUUAUCGAUAGUUAAAAUUUGUUGAUUUUAUUCAGAAAUAAUAGCUGAGUUCACUAAACAUCGGUGCAAACAUGGGUACAAUAACCUAAUCACACUUCUAAAUUUCAUCAAAAAUGUAAUAUUACCAAAAUGUAGAUACGAUAAAAUUAAGCUGUAAUGUAGUAGUGUUUUGCAAUAAAUAUGACUGCCAGACAGAAAGCUCCAAAGUACCGAAAAACAAAAAAACGAAGGCCAUCAUACAUCGAUCCGGUUUUAGAAGAAGAAAGAGCCAAAAGAGUCGCAAAGAUACAAGCGAAGAGACAAACAAAAAUAGACGAAGUUAAACGUUCAUUGGAGAGAAGAAGAAAUAAUAAAAUAGCCAUACAAAAUGCACGUACUGAUAAAAGGGAAAGGGAGGAACAGAAAGCGAUUAGAGAUGCCCACAAAACAGGAAGUGAAAAGAUUAUGUUACAGAUUCGUGAUGACUUAAGCCAAAUCGCUGAGACUGGUAUAAGGUGUGUAUACACAUCCAUGAUAAUACCAGAGAAAAUAAAAUACGACGGCCGAUCAAUUUUGUCGAUCAAAGGCGUUAGAUAUAGAUUGAAAAAUAAUUUACAUAUGGUUGGUUGGGGGAAAGAAGCAGUGACGAUGAGUGCGGCGUUCGAACGAGUCGUAGGCAAACACUUAAAGAAAGGUUGGAUGGUGGUGCCACGAAAAUCAAUUUUCAUGAUGUGGAGCUAUCCGGAAGCGUUCCCUCCCUUAGAUAGUCGUAUUUCGUACGUUGAAGCUGGAACUGAUGGGCAACCAGACGAAAAGUCCGUGAUAGAAACUAGAAGAAUUCUAAAUUACUGUAAGAAAUUGAAGAAAAAAGAUUUGCUGAUUGUCAUGCUCUCGCAAGGGAUCGACGAUCUUCUUUGUCUGCCGCGAGAAACUAUCACGUUGAGGGACAAGCUCAGGGUAUUGAACAGAUUGAAAGCUGCAGACGCUACUCCGGAAGAGAUAAAUACCGUGAGAAACAAGCUUUCUGCGAUUAGAGGUGGCGACUUAGCCCGGAUGGCCUACCCAGCGAGAGUUAUAACUCUAAUCACGUCAGACGUUUCCGCCGAGCCGAUGUCCCAACUCUCAGGUGGACCAUGCGUGUAUGAUCCAAAAGGCGAGAAAGCUCUCGCCGUGUUAGAAAAAUACAAACUUUUGGAUAGAGUAUCCUUAAGCGUGCGAGACUUGAUAGAAGAAACAGUUCCAUGGGCGAUGGCCGCUGAUAAGCAAUUGGACGCAGAUAAACAUUACAAGUUUGUUCAUAGAUACGUGAUAGCCUGUAACGCAGACGCCAUGGAGUGUAUGGCUACAGAAGCGUUCAAGAAAGGCUUGUUUCCAGUGAAACUGAAUUCAACCUGUUUAGGGGAUAUCCAAGAAUUCGCUCGUGAAUACGUUAAAAUUACAUCGUUGAUGAUUUUGGCUGUUGAGGGAAAAAUUAAUAAAUUGGAGAUGUUCCUAGAGAUGAGAGACAGUCCUAUUUGUCCUCUAACCGAUGAAAAGGUGCAGGAAAUAUUCCCUGCAAAAGAUAAAUGGGGUUUGGGAAUGUGCCUUCUGUUGGGAGGGCGACCAACUGUUAAUCUUUGCUCCAAACCUGGACAAGGUGGACCAAAUCAGGAGUUAGCGCUAUAUUUCUCGUUAUAUUGGUAUUUGCGUACGCAGCAGUAUCCAAUUUUGAGAGAGUACACUGUUUGGUUCUUGGGUGGCAGCUCCUACGGGAAAGAUGGUAACACUGAAGCAGUUGGCGCGUUUGGAUAUAACAGCUUGGGCACCAAUGUUUAUCCAGAAUUUGAGAAAGCACAGAGUAUGUAUCAAAGUGCGUACACGAAGUGGUGGAAACUUAAGGAGGAAAGACGCUUCGAAAGUAAAAUAGCGGAAGCGCAAAAAGAAAUGCUGGAACUGAAAGGUGUAAGAAACAAAUACGCCGCAAUUCUACCUGGUCGUGUUUUAGCUGAAAACAAUACGAAUUUAUUCUUCUUAAAUAUUAACGAUGAAGACGAAUUAUUGGAAUUAAAAACUGGAAAUUAUUAUACAUUCACAAACGUUGGAGAUCUUCAUAUCAUACGAAUCGCUCGCUUCCAAUGUAUCUGCGACGGCGUUUGUCAUGGACACCAAGAAAAGGUGUGCGCUGAUAUGGAAUGUCCAGUUUAUCAAUCGUUGUCAGCCGAGGCGCAUUCGAAAUUUCAAUAUUGUUGCCGUCUUGAUCAACGAAAACAAGAUUCCUGACUUAUUAUAUCUUCAGAAAGUUCAUUACAGCUUUAUAUUUAUUCCUGGGCACCCUACUUGUAAGUUAAUGGUCGUGGAAUUAAUCAUGGAAAUAGUAUCGAAAAACAUAGAACCAAGGAGUCCUCGAAACAAUUCAGUCGACUGGAAACCAUAUUGUCAAGUAAAAUGUUUCGAAAAAUUUUCUACAAUGAAUCGAAUAUGACUGAUUAAAAGUAAUGUGAAAAAUAGUGAAGUUAUUAUGGAACAACAAACAUACAAUAUUUUACAAUGUUCAGAACCAUUAUCACUAAUCACUAUAUAUCAGAAACGAUAUUCUGUUGUACCUACGUAAUUGACUUUAGAAAAAAUUAUAUUUUAUAGAAUAAAAAUAGUAAAAAUUGGUACAGUUUUAA